GUCUACGAGGCGCUGUCCGCGGUGCCCAAUGGCUGCUUCACCGUGGCCGCCGCCUUCGGCAACGUGCACGGCGUCUACUCCCCCGGCAACGCGGGGGCCCCGGCGGCCGUGCUCCGGCGGAACGCAGCGGCACCAGCUUGGAUCACCGCGGAGAGUGCUAAGGGAAUAGGCUCGUGGGUGGACCGCGAGCGCGCGUCGAGGCCGGCUCUGCAAAGGAUUGCCGCAGGAGAUCGUGUUCCUGGCGCGAUGCGGCUGAGGCGGAACGCCGCCUGGCACGCGUGCCGAGUGCCGCCUGGCGGCUUCACAGCCGCGUCCUCGGCGGAUCUGUCCUGGGCUGCUGCUGGGCCUCGGCUGGGGCACUCUGCUGGUGGCAUGCGGGCUGAGGCCGCGUCGUUCGUGCCGCGGGCUGCAUGCCGUGCGACGGGCGUGCGGUGCAGCUGCGGGGCGGUCGCUUUCUCAUCGUGCUGCUUGCCACCUCCUGCUGACGGCCUGGCGUCGCCCGACGCGUCGCUCGUGGAGGAUGAAGGAUCCGAGGCGCCCGAGGGGGAGCGGUGGGCAGGCCCUGGGGUGGCCACCGCCUGCUCGUCCUCCCCGAUGGCGCCGCCCUGCUCAGACGCGACCCUGGCCUACCUGGAGGCGCACCCUGCUGCGGUGCUCAAUGGGUGCAACGAGGCUGAGGACGGGAGCUGCCACGUGAAGGUACCGGCGGUGGAGGUGGAGGGCCUCGGCGUGUUCGUGGCGUCGGACUGCGUGGGCCCCUCCAAGAGCGACGUGUCCGUCUCUGGCUCGGACUCCCAGCAGUACCAGAAUGUCACCGCCGAGGCGACCGCGGAGGACUACAGCGAGAAGAUCAGCGAGGCGAUCCGUGAGGCGGGCCUCGUGCGGCGGCUGCCUGUGCUCAUGCAGGGCAUGCGGAAUGCCCAUUCCUCGUGGUGCGGUUGUGGCAGCCUGUCCGCGCUGCCGUACAUCGUGGCACAGUUCGUGUCUCAGGCGUUUGUUCGACGAGGAUUGGGACGACUCUGGCAGCUCUUCAUGAUGCCGUGCGUGCUCCUGUCCGUUGAGGUCUUCUUCGGGUUCACGCUUGUGGUGGGCUUCACGGUGAAGCUGGACCCAGAGAUCCUGGGGAACGCGCAGAAGUUCAUCGCCGAAAAGAUCGGGGGCAAGGCCGACGACAAGCCCGUCAAGUUUGUCUUCCACGGCGGCUCCGGGUCGGACCUGAAGGACAUCCGGCAGGCGAUAGAGUACGGCGUCAUCAAGAUGAACAUCGACACGGACACCCAGUGGGCCUACUGGGACGGCAUCCGGAGCUUCGAGGCCAAGUACAAGCCCUACCUGCAGUCGCAGAUCGGCAACCCGGACGGGCCCGACAAGCCCAACAAGAAGUACUACGACCCGCGCGUGUGCAUGCGCUCCGCGGAGCAGUCCACCGUGGCCAGACUGCAGCAGUGCUUCGAGGACCUGCGCUCCAUCAGCACCCUCGGCCUGGGGGAGCCCGAGCCAGCCAAGAACGUCGCCGGCCCGCGCCGCGGCGGCCUGCCGGCGUGAGGGCGCCCACGGCGCCCUGUUGGCGGACGUGCGCAGCGAGCGGCGACGAGGGCGCCCUCGCGGGCGCCGUCUGCGGGCAGAUGGCCACGGGCCUCGCUGGCGUGCUCGUGAGGACAUCCGGCCCCCCCCCCGGCGGGUCGCGCGUGGUGGCCUCGGUCGCGCGUGGUCACACGAAUCGCUUGAGUUGCACGCAUUUUUCCCAGCAGUCGGGGCCGGCGGAUUUAUAAUCGAGGCAGCCUCGUUGACCGCCACAUGGCACCAAGGGUGGGGUUCAGUCGCAGAA